AUGGCGCUAUAUGGGACUUCUGACGCCUUAAUGUGCAGGGCAUUCCCAACAACUCUGCGGGGGCCGGCCCGCGCGUGGUACAGCAGCCUGAAGGCCGGGACUGUCGCCUCCUUCGAUCAACUCGCCAAGGAUUUCAAGCUUAACUUCCUGGCUUAUGCCCGACCAAAGCCAUCCGUGGCAUUGCUCCUCGGGCUCAACCAGAGGGAGGACGAGCCCCUCUCCCAUUUUGUGAACCGCUUUACAACACAAAUCCGCGGAUUAUCGGAUGCUCACCCCUCUCUCUUGAUGCAGGCAUUCAUGACAGGCCUGCGGCCCUCCAGGUUCUUCUAG